CCGGUGCCGGUCGGGUGGGGGCGCUACUCAGACGCUUCACGUAGCAAACCAGCGCCUGAAGAAGACGCAGCAGCGGCAGAGGUGGUUAGCAGCUGGCUAACGUUAAGCUAAGGCUAACGUGAUGUCUACAGCCUCUAAAGUGGUCCUCGGGCUCUCUGUGGUUCUGACCGUAGGCACCGUGGCUGCCGUUCACCUCAAGCAGAACUGGGACCGACAGCGUCUCCACGAGGGUGUAGUCAGGGAUCUGGAGCGGUGGGAGAGGAAGAAGGAGAAUCUGAGGAGGUUGGAGGAGCAGAAGAUUCUGACCAGACACCUGAAGGAGGAGAGACAACGCCGAGAGACAGAGCUCCACCCAGAGGACCAACACUGAGACAGCUCAGGGAUGGACAGCAGCGGCGAGCAGCUGGGUGGGGGUG